AAACAGGCAAGUCUGGGAUAGUUUGAACUGGUGCGAGAGGCGCAGACACAUCUUUCGUCUGCUGAGCCCUGCUGACUGUGUCCUGCUGCCUCUGACGAGUCCUACUCCCACUGAUAGCUGAAUAGUACUGGUAGAAGCAGGAGAACAUUGAGAAGCAUAAAGUUACAUUAUUCAGGAACUGGUACCACUCAAACUUCUGAAUCUUCCACUAUGAACAUGGUUCUUGAGGACUCCAUCACCACUGUGAACAUCACCUAUGUAAUCAAUAGCAAUUCUGUCUUCAGGAAAAAUUAAUAAUAACUGGUCAAGUUUGCCCUUGGAUAGCUCUUGGUCAUGUGAAAUAUUGUCAACCCUUCACUGGAACAAACUGUAAUACUUUAGUCCAGAUUAAGUGUGAGAGCUGCUUUGCUAAGAAGAGUCACGGCUAGACGGUAGCAUUGCCUUAAAACAAUGUCCCACCUCCAGUUUGAGGCCAAACUUAAUGAAGCGCUGAGGAUGGACGGAGAGUUGACAAGAGGUCCGCUUCCUCGGUGGCAGAGGAAGGCACAGGAGCAAGGUGUGCCUUCACUUGUAAUAAGUAGUGAGAAUGCAAAUGCCUCAUCCCUAGGGAAUGUGUCAGAGUUGAAUAGUCCGUGGUCUGCCAAGACUCCCAGUAGCAGCUCCUUCAUUGAAAAAAGCCCUGGUAGGGGAAAAUCCCCAGGAAGAGGUAAAUCGCCUACCCGUGUAAUUCCCAAGCUGACGGUACGAGGACAAGGACAAAAAACACCUGCUCGUAAGACGCCAACGACUCCACGCAACCAGCAAGACAGAUUUAUCCCCAACCGCAGCACAACAGACUUGGAGAGGUCGCACCACCUCUUGGUCACCAGCAUGGAGGCAUCUGGAGGUGAAAGGAACAGCGAGGAUGAUGAGAUGUCACUCCAGCAGAGAGAAUACCAAGAGAAAAUGAGUGAAAACCUGAAUGAUGGCCAGGCACAAGGAACAAGAAUUUUGUCAUUCAAGAGCAAAGCUCCUCAAGCAAAGGAAGGUCACGUGAACAACCUCAAAGUAUUGUAUAGUGCCGGGAAGGUGAACGUACCCAAAGCUUCUUCAACGAGACACAUCCCUAAUGUUCCAGAGAAAGUGUUGGAUGCACCUGAGCUUGUAGAUGACUAUUAUCUGCAUUUGUUGGACUGGAGUGUUAAUAACCACUUGGCCGUAGCUCUCAGUAGCUCCAUCUACAUCUGGAAUGCUGGAGAUGGCUCCAUCACCCCCUUGGCCCAGCUUCAAGACCCCGAUUAUGUCUGCUCGUUGUCCUGGAUCAAGGAAGGUAAUAUUUUAGCUAUGGGCAUAAGUUCCGGGGUAACACAACUGUGGGAUGUUGGUCAACAGAAACUGAUACGCACCAUGGCAGGCCAUAUAAAUCGUGUCACUACACUAUCCUGGAAUUCGUACAUUCUCUCGUCGGGUUCAAGGUCAGGACAGAUUUUCCAUCAUGAUGUUCGUAUUGCUGAUCACCAUGUGGCAACACUGAGUGGCCACACACAGGAAGUUUGUGGUUUGAAGUGGUCUCCUGAUGGCCGCCUUUUGAGUUCUGGCGGCAAUGACAACCAAGUUAACGUCUGGGAGCACGGCGCCACUACACCCCUCUUUACCUUCACAGAGCAUCAAGCUGCCAUUAAAGCAAUAGCGUGGUGCCCCUGGCAAAAUAACCUGCUGGCUACAGGGGGCGGGACGGCUGACAGGACCAUCCGACUGUGGAACUGUACCACCGGCAUGUGUAUCAAGGAUGUUCACACUAACUCUCAAGUUUCUUCUAUAUUGUGGUCAUCGCACUACAAGGAGCUAAUAUCUGGACACGGCUUCUCCAACAAUCAGCUGACCCUCUGGAAGUAUCCAAGCAUGGCCAAGUUGGCAGAUCUCACAGGUCACACUGGUCGAGUACUGGAGCUGUGUUUGUCACCAGAUGGGCAGAUGGUGGUCAGUGCAGCAGCUGACGAGACGAUCCGUAUGUGGAAGUGUUGGGGAGUCGACAAAAAAGACAAGAAGCAGGCAGAGUCCAGCAAAAAUCAUCCUAUAUCAAUGUUGGCCCGCACUAUUCGUUAAGAAGUAUACUGGUUCCAGUAAAGGUUAUCCUGUAUCACUACUGGCAUGCACUGUACAUUAAACUAACUAUACCUGGCUAAAUGAGCAGGUUGUGUUCUAGCCAAUCAGAUCUGAUUUUUUCACCAUUUGCGAACAUUUCUUCUUUCUCGAGAUAACAUUGUGCAGCUAGUUUUGUAAUUUGGUUUUAUGAUAGUGUCCAUAUUUUUAUGUAAACUUUGUAAAAAUUCAUUGGGAGCUCUUGGGUAUUUGUCUACAAAGUUUGUAUUAUUUUAACACAAAUAAUUGGCCAAUGCCUUUGCUAGUGAUGCACUGAUAUUUUAAUGAGGAAAUUUAUUUUUUGAUGAAAUACAAAAAAAAAGAUCUGGUCAGAAAUGUGCUCUGUGCGUGUAUGCAUGCAUGCAUGUGUGUGUGUGUGUGUGUGUGUGUUUUGUCCAAGUGCACUCAAUUGGCAAAAACUGUUUCCAGGCAUGUCAUCAAUUGUUUAAAUCCAGUAAAUAUGUUUUUUGUCCACUCCAGAAGAUAGGUGUAUUAACCAUAGUAAAGCAUAUAAAUUCCUACAGUAUCAUCUUGUCUAUAUAUAUUACAGGAUAAUGUUUUCACAUGCUACACAAUAAAGCAACUAAAUAUAAGACUAAUAAUCAAGUUGCAUCUGUUGAAAUGACCACCAUAGGAUAGUAAAAAAAAAAAGACAAACCAUUACAUUUAAUUCUUUACUUUAGCUAUGCCCACAAAACGGUGCCAUCUGGCAGUCAUUAUCUAAAAACUUGUGCUGUGUGCCAGCUGGCAAUCUGUUCCACAUCCUCAAUCUCCACAUUGGCCUUCAUAAUGCUUGUUCACAAUGUUUUUUUUGUGCUUCUCAUCUGUUGUGCUACUUCUCUCUUCUUUCUCUCCAUUGUCAUAAUUUGCCAUAAGUCAUCCGUCUCUGGAGACCACCUUGUUCCUUGGUGUAGUCUGUGGUGAGAAUGUGGGGACUGCUCAACAAAAGUUGACCCCAAUAAAAUGUUGGGGGGUCAACUUUUGGCCAAUAAAAUGUGGGAAACGGUAUUUUAAUUUAUAAUGUAGGUACUGUAUAAUAAUACAUAGAAAAUUAGUUGCAGUAUGUAACGACUCCUCUUCAUUAAGCUGUCGACCUCUGAAGAUAUUUGUUUUUUCUUGUCAAUUUGUUUUUUCAUGUUCAUCAGACAGCUGGACUAAAGGAACGUGGUCCAGAUACUUUCACCCGUUUUUAGAGGGAGGACAUUUGAAAACAGCAAUGGAAAGCUUGUCUUUGUCCUUAAUUAAUUCACAUUACAUUAUAAUAGCAUACCUAUCAUAGAUACAAUUCUCUUUUGGGUCAGCACACGUUGUUUGAGACUUACGUUGCUCCUAUAUCUUGUUCUAAGUAAAUAUAUGCUUCACUCUGUGGUUGGCUAGGGUGUGUGAUGCCUUUUCUUGUGUUCCUUGACCAUUGCUGGAAGGAGAAAAUUUUAGAUUGAUUUGACAAGCAGUGAAGCAAUGGGAAAGUUGACAAUAUUGCCUGGUUGGUAACCUUGACUCUGACCUCUCACACCGUCUACCCUGAUGGGUGUGAGAACUUUAAAUUAAUACCAAAGCUAUUUAAAUACCUUUUGCUAUAAUUUUUAGGACCUUACAAAUAAUAGGGGGGUUGCUGUGGACAUUGGCAUCAGCCCAACCCAAGUUGAGCUGUUUUAUAUAACUAUUGUAAAGCUCCUUGGACAAUACACACACACUCACACACUUUAUGGCGAGUCCUUCAACUAUUUGUUCAUCCUUAAUAACCUUAUUCAUAUAGUGGCAUCUGGAACAAGAUAUGAUUGCCUGGAACUUGUUGAAAAUUAAAGGAGGCUGCAUUCCACACUUCCAAUUACCUACACUGAAGAAAAUUUCCCUUCUAAGCCUUGCCACUGAAAUUCACUACUGUAGACCGUUUCCCGAGCUUGAUGAUAGCCAAGUUUGAAUGUUCUACUUGGACUGUUGGCCACGCGCAGUAACUUCCGCGUGGUGAUUUUGUCCACCUUCACUGGUUAUUUGAAAGUGCCAAGCUAUUCUAAAGCCCUACACUGAAGACUUCAAUGUGCACACAGUCUAGGGGAGACCACCAAAGUAUGCCCCAGUAUCCAGUUUGGAAGCCCAAGGUUAAUUGACCUGCCUUGAAUAUUCCAAUUUAAUUAUAAACAUAGUGUGCAAACACUUAACCCAUUUGAUUUUUCAUUGCAUUAGUACCAGUAGGAAUUUAUAGGUUUCCCCAGUAACAAUAUUGGUAAUUUGCCCUUGGUAGAUAAUACCUUAAACUCUCGGCCAGUACUCUUAAAGCACGAGAUUUCAUUCGGGUAUGCUGAUUAAUAUUUUUAGUUCAGUGGACCAGCAAGUUUUCAACAGAGAAUGUGUUUUACAUCAUUAUCCUCACUAGAAGGACCAAAAGUAUAGAAUUUGUCCUUCAUUUCUGAAAGGUAAGUAUUGUAUUUAGCUUGGUUUUUGUUAACUGAAAUUGUGCACAAUCCCACACAGUCGCACCUGACGUGACAUUCUCAGUACCAGUGUCUAUAUCCUUGUUCCUUCGUGCAACUUGCUUAGACAUUUGAGGGGGAAGGGGUAGUUUUGUAAAGUCUCUUUCAGAUAGAUGUGACAGUCACUAUAAAUGACUAUCCCAGACGUCUUGUAUCUUCAAACACUAGACUGUAGAGCAUCUGAAGUGUAGGCCAAACAAGUCUACCUGCUAGUUGGAGUAUCAUGGGAGCCAUCACUGGUGGCCUGUAACAAGAAAGGUACUGGGGUUGGUCUUGGUAAAUAUAAAAAAAAAAAAAAAAAAAAAAAAAUGUGCAAACCAAGUUGAAGUGGAGUUUAUAUGUAUGUAUCAGCAUUGUUGAAUUUGUGUUGGUAUAACAGAGAUCAGAGCCACAGUGGGAAGUUGAAUUGGCAGUUGUUAAAGAACUCGUUUGGUAUUUCUAUAAAGCAAAAUUUCAUAGUCAUAAAUAUAAAGAAUAAAAUCAGUAAUGCAACUUAAAAAUUUGCAAUCGAUUGGUUUGUAAUGCUGGUAUGUUUUCAUUUGCUGUGAUUGAAAAUUUUCUUCUUGUUUCUUGGUUGUUCGGUAGAAUAGAGUGGUGAUUGCUUCCUUAAGAAUAAACUGACAGCAUAGACUUGUUUUUUCCAGGUUCUCAGAUGCUCCACAAUCUAAUGUUUGAAAAUAUAUACAAAAUCUAGAGAAGUUGCUUAUAGUGGCAGUCUCCUAAAAUAUCUGAGGAAGAGAACCAGCCCCCUCAAAUGUCGUAAAGAUGCACAAGCAAACUAUGACGUAGUAAGGGAGCUAGAUUGAUAGACUGGGUAGAAAACGAGAGCCUUGUCAUACAACUUAUAUUUCCAUAUAUCUUAAGAGAGCAAUGUACAGUACAUGUAUAUACAUACUAAUAAUAAGAUAUAGAUGAAACAGUCCAUUUAUUUUAUGUUGGUACAUAAUUAUGAAUGGUUGAUUGUGUCGUGAGACUUCAUGAGCAGUAGAAAAUUAAAGAGCAGCCAGAUCUUGACUUGAUUUAUAAAUGCUCAUAUUUUUUAUGAAUGUACAUUUUGCACAGAUGAUUACAAAACUUGAUAUAUUUAGUGUUUUAAACCUUUAAUGUAUUUUUUUUAUUGAAUAAAAUUUUUAUAAAACA